AUAGAAAGGGGUAGGAGUGAUUUUUCGUCGUUGUCCACUUAAUCUUUAUACUCACACUUUACAAACUACACAAAAACACGGAAAAUGACAGAAGCACAUGUGCUCGUCUUUGGGGGAAAUGGCAGAAUUGCUCGAUAUAUGACUAGCUUAAUGCUUGCCCGGUCAUGGAAAGUCACCAGUGUUAUUCGAAGCCUCCAUCAGAAGAAAAGUCUGUUAGAACUAGGCAAGAGUCAGCCUGGGACGAUUGACACACUGGAGAUGGACUUGAAAGAUAUCAAGACACCCAACGACGCGAGCAGAAUCCUUGAGAGUGUUAAACCGACAUGCGUUGUGUUCGCAGCAGGGUCAUUUGGAGACGUCUACGCCAUAGACCGAGACGCAGCCCAGCAUAUAAUCAAAGCCUCCACCGAAGCUCCAUACAUCACCAAGUUCCUGAUGAUAUCGUUUCCUGCGGCACGCAGAGCAGCAGCACCUUGGUGGGGAAAACGCGACAUACAAAACUGGCAGCAGGAAACGAACUCGUAUCCCGAUAUCGCCGAGGCCAAAAUUCAAGCGGAUGAGUAUCUCGUUGCAAUGAACAAAGAGCGGGAGGCUCGUGGUGGUCCGCCUUUUCAAGCAAUCAGCUUGCGGCCAAGUUGGCUUCUUACGGGGCCAGCUACGGGGAGGGUGAAACUAGGGAAGACUCCCUCAUUGGGCCAGGUGAAGAUUGCAGAUGUUGCGGCUGUAGGUGUGAGUUUGCUGGCGCGCAAUGAUACGAAUGGUUGGUAUGAUUUAGUUGAAGGGUCCGAUAGUGUGGACAAGGCGGUUGAUAUGUGUGUUGAAGAUGGGGUCAAUUGUUUUGAAGGGGAGGAUAUUGAACGUAUUAUAAAGUCAUAUAGUUAA